GGCCGACUUUUCCUGGCGCCAAAAGAGGAAGGAGGAAGAGUUGUAAACACAACAGAUUUUUUGCUCAAUAUUUCAGUAAAUAUAUUGGUAUAAAGCUACUUUCAACCUCAUUCGAGCACAACAUGGAUACACAGUCAUACCUACCUGUACAGCCUGGGGUGGGCAUGGAGGAGAAUUUCCUUUCUCUCGACGACAUUUUGCUCUCUCAAGAGAGACUUCCCAUCCGGACGGAGUGCAGUUUUCCCCGGCUGGGAUAUCUGGAGAAGUCGACUGACGCGCAGGACAUACCGGAGGAUACAAAGAUGGAGCUCCCUCUGUGGCUGUCCAAGGGUCUGUACGAGAAGAAGAGGAGAGUGUUGUCGGUGGAGCUCCCCAAGGUGUACAGGGAGGGCUGGAGGACCGUGUUCAACGCCGACCCCAACGUGGUGGACCUGCACAAGAUGGGGCCCUACUACUACGGCCUGGGGUCCCAGCUGCUGCACUUUGACAGCCCAGAGAACCCUGAGAUCGCUCAGACGCUGCUGCAGACGUUCAUGGGCCGCUUCAGACGGAACAUGGACUCCUCCCAGAAUGCCUACAACGAGGACACGUCUGCGCUGGUGGAGCGUCUGGACUGCCUGGAGAAGGCCCUGUUCACAUCGGGGCAGAGCGGCCUCAACGGCUUCCAGAGCUGGGAGAAGGGCCGGGCCUCGCAGCUCACCGCCUCCAGCCUGGUCCUCAACUACCGCAAGAGGAAGAUCAACGACGUGCCGCCCUGAGCCGGGCUCGGUUUAAAGAGACAGACUCAUGGUCAGAACGCCGGAGCACUACGGCAGCGCUGACUUCACCACACUCUGACUCUGAGCCAGGCUCUCUGUGGUGGGGCGAGAACACUCUUUAUUGUGUCACGUUCUGAGUUUCACACUCCUCGACAGUGUGUUCAUGAUCACCAUUGAAACCCAUGGUUAUUUAACUGUUGAUGCACAUUCAGUUGAUCUAUGAAAAUGAACUAUUCAUAGAUGCUGAAAUUUAGAGUGUUUGAACAUAUAUCAAGUAAAGAUUCCAAAUGUUUGUUCGAGAUUUACAAAUGAAAAUAGUGUCCUGGUUUUUUGUCUGUUUACAUCACAGAGAUGGGUAACCUGAGGGUUUCAAACUGGUUAGUAUGGGUGGGUAAUUUGGAUGUGUGGAUGUUUUUUUGAUAUCAUAAAACGGUAACAUUUUCCAUGAAGCAGUCCAACUCAGAAAUGUUUAAAUUGCCUUCAAACAGAAGUGGAGCUUUUAAAGGGAUGGCUAGACACGGCAAAGGAACCCGUCCAUCUAUUAUCUGUAACCGCUUAUCCUGGUCAGGGGGGCUGGGCCGAUCCCAGCUGACAUUGAGCAGAGGCAUGGUUCACAAUGGACAGGUCUCCAGGCCAUGGCAGGGCUGACACAUAUAGAGAGAUACCACCAUUCACGCUCUCAUCCACACUUACUGACAAUUACCCAAUGUCUUUGGACUCUGGGGGGAAGCCAGAGAACCCAGAGAGAACCCAUGCUGCCACGGGGUAAACUCCCCACAAAAGGCCCAUCUAGACCGGGAAUCGAACGCCUGCCCUGAGGCGACAGUGUUGGCCACCACACCACUGUGCAGCAAAGAAAGCUGGCUGCUGCUGUCACAAUGUUCACCAUCUGUGU